AUGUUGCAUAAAACAGUUGUUUUGUACAUAAUUCCCCCCUCCUCCCCGGUCUCAGCGGAAAAAACAUUGUGCCCUCGCGCGCGCGGGAAGACGAGGCGGAGGAAAUCCCUGGCCAAGAGAUCGGCGGAGCUCCUCGCGCUCGCUGGCGGCGGCGCCUGCCCCGACGAAGACCAGGCAACUCCCUGCGGGUGGCUGCUCCCGCCCAUGGGCGGCGGCUCAGGAGAACCCACAACUGAUGCUCAGUUUCCCGCGCGGAGGCUCCGGGAAACAAAAUCUAAUGCUCAGUUUCCCGCGAUGAGGUGCUGGGUGCCAACAAGCUGCUCCUUGGCCCCGGGCUCGCCGCGGCGACACCUGCCUCGGCCCUUGCCUCGGCCCCUGCCGCGCGCCCUGCCUGGCGGCGCUGACUCCGGAGGUCUCGGAGUGAGGAACGUAGGGGCCAAAUAA